AUAAAAAACCUGAAUUUCGUCGAAAUAUCCCCAAAUGUUAUUUCCCCCAACAUAUUUCUAUGGCUUUUUUCUCUAUUCCUAAACUUCAUCUUCAACCUAACAUGCCUCUUCCUGAUCAACCCCGCUCCGAUUCUCCUUCUCCGGUGCCGUCGAUCACAUCCUUCCGCCGCGACGAAUUCCCCAACCCCAUGGAUUUCAACCCUUUUGCCACCGUCCCCUCCAUCGUCGCUCCUCCCGACGAUUCCCUCCGUUUUGAGACCGAUUGGUUCUCCGACACGGAUUCCGACUCCGAACGCGAUGUCAGUUGCUUGGUGACUGAUCUUUUUGAGAAUCAUCGCUUCACCGAUCAUUUACUCGCUCUCAGCAAUCACGAUCAUGAUCUGGAUUCUGGGCCGGACCCAUUUACGCAUUCUGCAAACGACUUGGGCAUUUCGGGGUUUGAAGAUAGCGGUGACAUUGAAUCUAACUAUACUGAGGAGCUGUGGUCGACGUUUGCUGUGGAAUCUGAUAGCCGGGUUUCGGAGGUGGAUGUGAGCAUGCAAGUUGCGGAUUCGAUUAACAGUGACCUUCGGGUUGUUGAUGUAGAUUCGGACUCGGAUUAUGAAAAUGGAAUUAUCGGUGCUCUGCAAUUUGUGACAGGGGAUGAUGGCGAAAAUGAUGUUAAUUGGGUUGAAAGUCCGAAUCCUCUCUCAGAUAACUUCAGCUUUUGUUUUCAGCAGAGGAAUUCGUACGAGGAUUUUGAAUGGGAGGAGGUUGAGGAACGGGUGGACGAAAGGGAAAUUUCGAGCGUAGUGGUGGAGGGAGCCGAGGAAUUGACCAUUGCAUCUGGUUUUUCCAAUGAUGAAGAAUCAGGAGAAGAGGCGGGCCGAUGGGAAAUUUUAUUGGUAAUGGACGACAUUGGGAGCAACACGAAUUGGGAACGGGAUAAUGAUGCUGAGGCGUACGUAGCCGACCAGGAUGAUUACAUGUAUGCAGCAGAAUAUGAUACCCUUUUUGGACAAUUCGUUGAAAAUGAGAACGCUUUGAAGGGUUGUCCUCCAGCAGCUAAGAGUGCUAUGGAGAAUCUUCCUCUGGUUGAGUUAAAAACAGAGAAUAUACUGACAGAGGAAGUGGUUAUUUGUGCUGUUUGUAAGGAUAAAUUUUCAAUGGAGGAGAAGGUGAGGAAGCUUCCUUGCUGCCACUAUUACCAUGAUGAUUGCAUUCUGCCAUGGCUGAAUAUCCGAAACACAUGUCCUGUUUGUCGGUAUGAGUUGCCCACCGACGAUCCAGAUUAUGAGCGUAGGAAGAGUCAGAGGGCCAGUGGUGGCCAGCAAACGGACUUGCAGGUCAGGUACAAUUUUGAACUAAUAGCUUAAGGUUAGGCAGUCUGUGAAGUGCAACCUGUGAAUAGCCUCUUUUAGAUGAAGAAUGUUGCUUACGAUUUUGCAUUUUGUAAAGGUUUUGUGGUAAGUACUUGUUUUUAACAUUAUCAGCAUUGCUGUUGAUACACUCUAAUUAUCUCAGGUAUCCAUUGUGAUUCAAUGCUUGGUAAGUUUUAGUCACCAAUAGUAGUGGGAAAUUAUAUUGUCUUUUACCUUGUUGAAUUCAGUUUAGGAUUUGUAAUGCUUAAGACAGGACAUACUAAUGAUAAUAUUACUACUACAAGUUCUGGGCUUUGAA